CGCGUGGGAUGGUCACGUGACGCUCUUCGCGUGGUGAAGGCAGCCGUCGGAGGGUCCUGCUUCGAUACUUGCGCUUUAAAAAAGUCGAUACCGUGUCGUGUGGCGUGCUCGCAGCGCAACAUUUCCACUCGGCAGGCUGUGGGGAGAAGUUUGGGCUUAGCCCGCUAGCUGCAGCCGAGCGUCGGAGCCGCUCACUGGUCCGGGCUGCAGGACGUAACUUCCAGGACGGGAGAUGAGCUAAAAGAACAACCGAGGGAAAGGCGAUACUUUGUCCAAGGGGCACCGCGGCUUCCACGGACCGUGCCCUCGCUUUUUUUUUUUUUUUUUUAACGGGACUGCCUCGGUGGCUCGGUCGCUGGGUCGGACCCGGGCUGCUACGAUGCGUGUCCGCUGCUCCACGAAGCUCCGUUGGGGAAGUGGAUCUUUCACCGGAUGAUGGACAGGAACUACCCGAGCUCCAGCUUUGCGGACGCGCUGGCUCCACCAGCACAGACCGCAGCUUCGUGGGCCUAUGACCGCGGCUCAGCUAGUACCAAGCCAAGUCCCAGUUAUGGUGCAGCACACCUUGAUGCAGAGCUCCUCCAGAGGCAAAGCUACACUUCCACGCACCAGCUUCCUACCUACACUACAUCACACAUUCCUGCUGCAGCAGGAACACUUGAGUCGAGCAGUAAUACUCCUGAGACCUCAAUCAUGAGCUUCCUAUCAGCCAUGGAGUCAAGAAGCCUUCAGGCUGGUCCUGUUAGUGCCUCGUUACUUCCUCCUUUUAGACCCCCGUCAUGGCCUGCUGGUACCAACUCCUCCACGACAGAGCUGUAUUUAACUGGUGCCCUGCCUUCAACUGCCACUUUCCCCUCUCCUGCUGCUCUGUCGACCUAUCAGCACACCGGUGCCUACCCCUCCAGGAGUUACGCUACCAACCCUUCCCUGGCUCUCCAGGAUCCUGCCUUCAGCACUUCCACCAAUGGCCUGUUUUCUCACCAUGACCCCCUGCUACAUCUCAAAUCCAGCCAGUCCGUGCUUCCCACUGCCCUGGCCUUCAAUCAUCUUUCUGCCCCUCCUCUGGGCUCAACUUUGCCUGUGCAGUCCUCAACUUAUCGCUCAGCCCAGGAGUCAGCACCCCACCUCUUACAACCCCAGCUCAGCCUCCUGUCUUCGACCCUGCCUACCCCUCAUGGUGCCCCUCAGCCUUAUGGAGCUACGGUUUUCUCGGGCUCUAUUGAAAGAGCUCUUCAGCGUGAAUGUAGUGUGAUCAAGCACCACCAGAGGCCUUCCAGUAGCCACAUGGCCUCAGAGCAGUUGCCCAAUUCGGAGCACUCCUUACAGGGGUACUUUGGUUCUGGCAGCGAAGCAGAUGUGUCCUACCAGCAGGACCCGUCCCGUCAAACUACUGUGUCCUGCAGCUCUUCCACAGGAGCCGAUUCCACUCAAGGAGUCAGCGGUUCCCCACAACCCAAAACUGAUUGUGUUACACAAACUUAUUCAUCAACUUCACUGCAAAAGGCUAAAGACUGCUCUUCCAAACUGGCUCCGCUCCCUGCUGGGGAUGAAGAGAACCACUCUCAGAACCUGACAGCAGGAUCUCCUGAGCGUUAUUCCUCCCCUGGACAGAAGCAGAACUCCGUGAUUGCUAAUCAGCAGGCAGUCCAGCUAUCUAGCCUAAUGUCCAACAGUUUGCCUCAAACCUAUAUCACGACCCACGCACAGUCACAGACCUCCCAUUCCACCUCAGAAAAACUUCCCUCCCUUUACAAGACUCUGCCUUCCCUGUCCAGCCAAUCUGACAAUGUGGCAUCUGUUAGUCAAACUCUUGUUUACUCAUCUACUCCUGGGCUCAGCCAAGAGCAGGAGAUCCAGUAUGGAUCCCAGGUCCAGAGCUUGUGUCGAGGAAAUCUCUCCGAGAGCUACCCCGCUUCCCACUCUCAGGGAGCCCCAAACGUGGCUUUUACAUCUCAGUCACAGGGGCAAGCUGUAGUGACCCAGUCUCAAAGCUACGCCACAGGACAAUCCCUGAACUCCUCUUACCCGCCCACAUGUGUACGGAGUCUGCCCACAUCAAUCUCUACGAUGGACUACACCCUUAUGCAAGCUUCAGUUGAAAGUAAAACGCAUGACAGUCUGUCCCAGCAGCAGACCCAGCCCCAUAAAUAUGUUUUAUCGACAUCUUUGCCUACCUACUCUUCAACUGCGCAAGCCUUACAAAAUAACAUUAGAUCCUCAGUACAGGACAUAAAGCCAACAUAUGGCAAACAGAAACUUGAAGAGCUUCCUCUCCAGGACCUCGAAGCGCUGCAGCAGGCUUCCAUGGAGGUCUCUGCACAAGACAGCAAUAUGGCUUCUCACAAUAACGUCAUCUACGUUGUUUCAAAAGUGGAUGAUCACCACAAAACGCAAAGUGUUAUCCGAAGCAAUUCACGUUCUGAUGACCAGCUCAUGGGACUGGGUCAUACAACUACAGCACAGAUAAAGGAUGAAAGGAUGGGUUCUGUGAGCCAACAGCACAUUCAUCUGAGCAGUGCCAAUGGCCAUGAAACUGCCAACACAAAAACUACUAACUCCACUAUUGUGUCCUCACAUGUACCCCUGUGCUCAGAGCAGCUCAAGCAGCACGCUCUCCAACUCAAAUCUCCUGAGCCAAAUCAACAAAACCAACAGAACCAUAGUCAGUCCCAGAGCCAGACUUCAGCGGCCCACACCCAGUUCAUCACCGUCCCCAGCACUCAGGUUCUCCUUGAGCCCAGUCAGAUGAUUCUGCUCCAGCAGUCCCUUGUCCAAGCCAGUCAAAACACUUCAAAGGUUGUAUCUGUACAAGGUAUCCAACCGGUCCAGGGUCUGGGCCCUGUUCAUGUCCAGUAUCUUCAGAUGGACCGAGACCUGCUUGGUCACACUGUCACUGAAACUCAGAGUCAACAAGGCACCGUAGCAUCUGAACCGAGCUCUGAAUGUCCUUCUUCCUCUAAACACCACUACAGCCAGUCUGCAAAUCAUCAGCCAAACGAUGCAAAGAACCACUUUGCUCUCAACUCCAUUUGCUUCCCCGACUCCAUGCUACUAGCAGACGACAGAAAUAUUCUGUCAAACGUUGACGACAUUCUGGCUGCCACUGUGGCAGCCUGUGGCGUCACACCACAGGACUUUGUCAAAGCUUCAUCCUCUACUGAGGCUGAAAUGGCAGUGAUGGCAAGCCCUGUUGAUUCCAAAGGUCACUUCCAGACUGUGGAUAUGAGACACAUGUCACCUAGUUUCUCUUCAGCACAACAGCCAAUCAUCAGCAACACUAACUCUCACACCAUCACCAUGACACUAAAUGGAGCCCAGAUGGCUACAGACUGUCAGGGUCAGUCCGUUCACCACAACAGCACUAGUGAGCUUGACACAAAUGGAGAUGGCAGGAGCUCUGAGAAUGACUAUCACUUAGCCGGUCAAGUGUAUGACCCCUCAGAUCCACAGAACAGAGUCAAAGGGAAUGCAAAGUGUAUUAAAACAGAGGAUGGCUUCAUGGAGUGUCCAGGUGGGGAGGACUUUGCCAAAAAGAAAGCUCGCUCUAAAUCUUUGACCAAACCAGGUGGUCCUGAGGAUGAUUGUGGAUUGGCCAGAUCAGCCAAACGCAGCGGGCAAACAAAGCGGCAGAACUCCAGGGGCAGUGAUGUCAGCUCGCCAUUGGCCUCACACACCGUAUAUGAUGGCUGUCCACAGCAGGAGAGAAUCCGGCAGAAGAUCCGUGAAGUGGAAGAGAAACAGCCAGAGGUCAAAACAGGCUUCAUCGGCUCGUUCUUAGACUUCAUCAAAUCUGGCCCCAAACAGCAAUACUCUCAAAGUCCUACGCGAACAAUUAGUCGCCCGAGAAAGCCCUGCGCCUCGUCCAAGCCGUGCACUCUGCCUGCUUUGCCUCCCAAACUACAGACUCUGCCUGGGCCCUUGAUUCCCCAGGAGAGUCCGGGAGUGAGCGCUCAGCACAAACGUCUGGAUGAAGACCUGCAAAACAACCUGGAGACGCUGCCGUCGUUCAGCUCGGACGAGGAGGAGAACACCGGGAAGAACCAGGCUCUGAGGAACAGCAUCAGCUCAGCGCUCUCGGCUCUGGAUGAAUCUUCAGAUCGGAAAAUUAGAACAGAUAACCAAAUCCAAGGCUCGAUGAUGAAGCCAGACCAAGUUCCCAUCAUGUCGCACACUGUUCCAGAAACCUGCUUGCCGCAGGUAGUCACUCCUACGCAGACGACGCACGCCGUCUCAGGAGGGAGGACGUUCGCAGCCAAAGAGGAGUACAAAGAAACCCUACCGGGCCAGUUGGCUGUGCAGCUGAUCAGCGUGGCCAUCGAGGGACUGACGGACGAAGAGCUGUCGGACAGCGGAGGAGAGGGAAUGUACCGGGAGAGGGACGAGUUUGUUGUCCGGAAUGAGGAUAUCGAAAACUUGAAGGUGACAAUGAAAGCAGGAAGUGAACCUCCAGCCAUCUGGAAAGUCCAGAAGGCUCUGCUGCAGAAAUUUGUGCCUGAGCUGAGAGAUGGAAAGAGAGUUUUCUCAGCCACAAACAGCUAUCUCGGAUACUUUGGUGACGCCAAGACCAUGUACCAGAGGGUGUACGUGAAAUUUUUGGACACGGUUAAUAAAAGGGAGUAUGUGCGGGUUUGUAGUCGGAAGCCACGCUGCAAGCCGAUGAACUCGCUGAGGGGUGUUCAGGUGAAGUCUUUGCUGGGCUUGACAGCCGCCCCUUCCCCAGUUUUCCAGAGCCAAAAGCCCCGACCCAAACAACUGAAGCCGAGGGCAGAGCCUCCACCCAAGAAGAGGAGGAAAUGGAAAGAGGAGUUUUCACCUGCUGCCUCCGGAUCAUCUGCAGAGGAAGGCGGUGAUGACGAUGAUGAGUUAAACCCUCCACUUCCGUUUGCUUCACGAUUGCUCAACACGCGAACCAUGAAGGAGACGUUCAGAAGCUUCGUGGAGCUGCUCAUCAGCAUUGCCUUAGACGAAGACGUGAUGACGGCACUCGAGAGGGCAAACGAUGAGUUGCUGUUGCCGCAUAUGAAAAGAGUGGACGGGAUGAUCACUGACAACAGGAAACGCUUGCUUCACAAACUGCACAUAGGGCAAGUUUUGAAGACGGCUCUCGACAGCUUCCCGGAGAUCUCAGUGGUGACUGAACUGAAAAAGGAUGGGGAAACUCCAGCCUUUAAGGUACGUCUCAGCGGAAAGGCCUACAACAAGAAGACUAUGAAGCCCUACAAGAUGCCUAACAAAGUGCCUCAGGAGUAUACAGUGGACCAGCAGAAAACUCAGUGGUUCUCUCUGUACCACUCGUUGCAGCAUUACAAGUACCACACGUACCUCAUGUGUAAAGACGAGAUCGCAUCUCUGCGGGUUCAGGCGGGAGACCUGGGGCAGGAGGAGACCGUACAGAAGUGUCUGCAGAACGGAGCGUGGGUAGAGGGGCUCUUUGAUCGUUUCGGAGAUUUAAUCAAUCAAGUGCAGCAGGCCUGCCGGUGAUUCAGGCUUGGGGGUUUUUUGGAGGGGGGGGCAAAAAACAAAAAACUGCUUUAAAACAAGAGGAUGGCUCCAGCUCAAACUGGCAGAACGAUGGAGAUGGAGCACGUCUCUCCUUCAUGCCACAGAGAUUUGAAUCAGGGACCUAUCAGCUGCCUGAACGACGUCUGACGGGCCUUUUGGAGUGAACACGGCAGCAGGGAAACCAGUGGUUCUACGGUUCUACUCUUCAUCACUGCGUCCCGCCGCAGAGCAGUGACUCGAUCAACACAGGACAAAGGACUUUGUUUCAGGGGAGCAUUUUUUUUGGACGACUUCCACCCGGUGCUUCCCCUAGUCUUUGUAGGUUUUUGUAGUGUUACAAGCCCACUUUUUAUGGGCCUUUUCAUAGAUUUAUAUUGUCUUGUUUUUGUUUUUUUAGACAGAUUAUAACCAGUGAGUAUGCACUAGAUAGAAAAGCAAUCAGCAUAGGAAGUAGAGCACAGCAAAUAAAAAUGCAGACAUCUGAUUGCCUACAGUUAUAACAAGCCUUCAUCGAUCAUUUGUUACGUAGGCUCACACACAGAGUUGAUUUAUUGUAAAAAAACAACAAAAAAACAAUCUAUAUAUUAUAUAUAACUGUAGUUAUAUACUGUUUGUAAAACAUCCAUUUUGUAAUGGAGUGCCAACUUAUAUAUAUUAUGUACAUUUUGUAUAAAAACAAAACAGGAAGGUGGGAACUGCAGGAAUUCUCUCGAGGAAUUGGGCGACUGUAUGCUACCUACACCCGUACGCUGUAUCUAUAUUGUGCUUCAGACACCCCUUUAGUUCAAAUGGUGCGUUUGGAUGGAGUCGGUGCAGUUCCAGUUUUUAUUAAUCUAGUUAAUCAGAAAUUAUUACCUCGACUUAUCUGAGGGUAAAAUGAAAUUAAUAAAAGUUGUCUUUAUAUUGCUUUACAGACAUAGCCCACAUUUUAUGACAAAUAUAUAUUUUUCACAGAAGUAAAUAUUAUUUCUUUGUUCAUUACAGUUUCUAAGACACUUUUUCAUUGUCUUUUCACGGUUUUUUGCAAAAUUGACUCUUUGUAAGUCGAUUAGCAAUUUUAUGCUAUCAAAAAUAAUCUUGUUCUUUAAAGAUGCUGUUUGUAAAUAAAAUGCCGCAUGUAUUA